AUGGCUCUUAUUCAUCAGCCCGACCAGCUUAUGGCUGCAGGCUCUGUAGCCAUUCUCAUAUCUAUAGUCAUACUCUCAAUUGGACUCUACAGUCUCGGCUCUGCUAUUUACUUGGUUGCUUUCCACCCGUUGGCCAAGGUCCCAGGCCCGAAGCUGUAUGCGAUAUCCCAGCUUCCAUAUCUUUAUCACCUUGUUCGGGGAGACUGGACCGCUGUUCUCAAAGAUUUCCACGACUACUAUGGCCCGGUUGUUAGGUUUGCACCCAAAGACAUCUCGUUCACUACCGACGAUGCAAUGAAGAAGAUUUACGGGCACAAAACCGUUGAGAGCGACACCUUUGAAAAAGAUCUUCGCAUGUAUCGUCAAAAUCGCCCUGUUCGCAGCAUCAUCACCUCUGAUAACGAGGGUCACCGACGCAUGCGCCGACUGAUUGCUCACGCGUUCUCAGAGAAGGCACUCCGCAACCAACAGCAGAUCCUGGAUCACUAUAUUGAAUCUUUUAUACGGGGCCUUACCGAAAGGUCACGCCAAGGUGCUGAUGUUGACAUAGUGGCCUGGUACAACUUUGCCACCUUUGAUCUCAUUGGUGACCUUGCGUUCGGCAAAUCCUUCGGGUGUCUUGAGAACGGAGACUAUCACCCAUGGGUUCGGAAGAUCUUUGACGGCGUGAAGUUUAUAGCCUACGGCCAGGCCAUGACACGACUCGGGCUGAAGCGGUGGGCUACAGUACUAGCGCCGCCUUCCUCACGGAAGAGCGCUGAACAACACAUGGAAUUUUCUCGACGUACCGCGCUCGCCAGGAUCGAUAGCGGCAACACAUCACGAGAAGACUUCAUGUCAUAUAUUCUUCGCCACAACGACGAUGAGAAAGGCAUGUCCAAGCUUGAAAUUACGGAGAACUCGGCCACACUUAUCUUAGCGGGGAGCGAGACCACAGCAACACUGCUGAGCGGGGCGACAUUCCUCCUCCUAAAGAACCGGGAUAAGUAUGAGACGCUCACAAAGGAAAUCCGUUCCGCGUUCAAGUCAGCAGAAGAUAUCACACUCGGCAAAGUGAACCAACUUGAGUAUUUGUUGGCUGUACUGAACGAGAGUCUGCGCAUGUAUCCUCCUGUACCAAUUGGUUUGCCAAGGCUUGCUCCGGCCGCGGGCGAGUUCAUGGAAGGAUAUUGGAUCCCGGCCAACACUUCAGUUUCUGUACCACAUUGGUCAGCAUACCGAUCAGCGAGAAAUUUUCGAGAGCCGGAUGCUUUUGUCCCGGAAAGAUGGCUCAAUGACCCGCUCUAUGCUUCCGACGCAAAAUCGAUUCUUCAACCAUUCUCUUACGGACCCCGGAAUUGUAUUGGCAAAAACCUGGCAUACGCAGAAAUGCGGCUCAUUCUCACACACUUGUUCUGGAAGUUUGAUCUUGAAUUAGACCCUGAGUGUAACGAUUGGAGUAACCAAAAAGUUUACAUCCUCUGGGAAAAGAGCGGUUUGAAAGUGAAGCUUACGGAGGUAAUUCGAGCGGAGAAAGAGUAA